UUUUGUAUUCCCAAUCAGCUGCGAAUGACACUGACAGAAGCAGACACAAAUGAAGAAGAGUCGUGUCAAGAAGUGUUGUAUCAUUGUUGUCUUGUUUUAAAUUGAAGUUGUUGUUGUUUAUUAGCUGUAAUUUAAAAAAAAUUACAAUUCAAUGGUUAAUCAAACACCUGAUCCUCAAUCAAAAUAUGAAUUAUUAGUCGACAUACAAAAACCUCGUUUGAGCAAGCAAGUCCUUUGUCUUGCCCUAACAUUUUCAACAGUUGGGGCAUUAUUCAUAACUCGUAUUUGGAUUGGAAUUUCAACAGCGCGAUCAGCGAGGGAAUUUGUUGUUGGUGAAAAAAUUGAAAAUGCCCAGAUUACUGCGUGGUUACAUCGGGCACGGAUGUAUGCCGAAUCGACGAAGGAGAACAAGAAUUCGUCCCGGGAUGCAAACAUUAAAUCAACCAAUGAUUAUGCCCAAGAUCCCUCAGGGAAAAUCAUGGUCUGCUAUUUCUCCAUAUCACAAGACAUGAACACGUCGCAAGAGCUCAAUCCGUCGCACGUUGACCCUCAUAUUUGUACGCAUAUUAUCGUGGGUUUUGCAAGCGUGGUAAAUUGCAGUCUCAACUUGGGCGAGUACUCUUGGGUUUAUCGGCAAAUUGCCGAUCUAAGAAUUCAAGAGCCCAAUCUCAAGGUGAUGAUAAGUGCAGGCGGAAUAAAUGAGCUCAAUGCAGGAUUUCCCGAAAUGGUCAGAACACACGCCAAUAGAAAAAUUUUCAUUAAAUCAGUGUUAAAUAUCACAAAAACUUUUGGACUCGAUGGACUUGAUAUCGAUUGGGAAUUUCCUGCAUGGAAUGGAGCAAAUAGUCGUGAAAAAAUUUAUUUCAUUCAACUUCUUCAAGAAUUGAAAAAAGAAUUUUUACGAAGUGAUGAAAAAUUACUUCUUUCAGCAGCUGUCGCUGCUCCUGAUUCUAUUAUUAAUCAAAGUUAUAAUGUUCCAGAAAUAGCUAAAUAUGUUGAUUUUAUAAAUUUAAUGUCCUACGAUUAUCAUUCCUAUGUGUGGUAUUAUCCAGUGACUGGUUUGAAUUCGCCACUUUUUCAUCGUUCAACGGAAAUUGGAUUUUUGGCAAGUUUAAAUGUAAAUUAUUCGGCAAACUAUUGGAUAUCAAAGGGUAUGCCAAAAGAGAAAAUUGUUAUUGGAAUUCCAACUUAUGGACAUUCGUAUAAAUUAACUAAUCCAUUGAAUCAUGAUGUGCAAGCACCGGCAAAAGGAAUUGGUACACUUGGUCGUCAUAGUUUUGUACCAUAUUACACGGUUUGUCAAUUUCUUCAGGGCGGUGCCAAUUUUAAAUUUCUUAAUGACAGUCUCGUGCCAUACGCUUAUCAAAAUGACGAAUGGAUAUCGUACGAUGAUAUUAAUAGUGUAAUUAAAAAAGCAAAAUGGAUCAAGUCAAAUGACUACAGAGGUGCAAUGAUUUUUUCAUUAAACUGUGAGGAUUGGAAUUCGACAUGUUCGAAAAAUGAAACAUUUCCUUUGAUUCGAGCAAUUAAAUUUGCAAUGAAUUGAAAAUUUAGAUCAAUUAUAUUAAAUUAAAUUAUAAUAGACUGUGAUUCAACUCUCAAUGCAGUUAAAUCCGUACAAAUUAAUUUAUAUAUAAAUAUAUAUAUAUAUAUAUAUAUAUAUAUAUAAAUAUAUAUAUAUAGACAGUAUUAUAUUUUUUGUGAUACGUGAAAAUUUUCACGUACACAAUUAAUUUAAUCAUUCCAAUUUGUAUAUUAUUUUCUCUUCUUUUUUUGUUUUUUACAACAAAAAAAAACUCAACCAAAGAAAAAAAAAAAUGUUACCAAUUUAUCUAUUUAUUCCUAUAUUUAUAUAGAUAAAAUUAAAUAGUUUAUUUCUACUUGCUAUUACUACUACUACUACUAUUUAAUGAAACAUGUAAAUACUUCACAUUUUGAAAAUAACAACAAAAAUUUGGAAAAUUUCCACUUUUUUUCGAAAGAAAAAUCUUUCAAUUCUUGCCAUUUUCUAUUGAAAAUAUCUAAUGUUUAGGAUAAUAGGAAUUGGGAAGUUGAAAAAAAAAUAAAGUAUAAAAAUCUUCGUUUCCCAUAAAUAAUUGUUAUGUACUUUUGUACGUAUAUUAAGUCCAUCACAGUAUUAUUUCAGAUUCAUUGAACUUGAAACCAAACAAAAAUAAAAUAAAAAAUGUAUCGUCAUUACAUUGAAGGAAAUAUAUACAAGCCAGAAAAAAAGUACUUUUUUUCAAUUCUUCUAAAAUAGUCAUUUUAUAUUUUUAAUUAAUUUCUACAAUAAGAAAUUAUUACCAUUGAAAAAAAAAAAAUCUUGGAAAUAUUCAUCAAUUUUUGUUACACAUUUUGGGUAUAUUAGAAAUUUUCGUGGAAAAAAAGACAUUAUUUACAUUUUAUAUAACUAACAAAGAGAAUUUUUCCUCUAGCAAAAAAAAAAAAAUAUGUAAAAUUUCACUAAAUAUGAAAUAAACUUAAAAAGUGCUGACAAAGUCUAGGAACUGCUUUAUUAUUAAAUUUCACUAAAAAAAAAAAACUUUAUAAUAAGGGAAUUUUAAGGAAACAUCCAAGAGACGCAAAAAUAAAUCCUGAAUUUUUGUAUUUUCAUUUUACCGGAAACUACAUUUUUUUUAUUUUACCAAAUUAUCAUUUCGAAUUUUCUUUUUGACGACAGAUUUGACUAAUAUUAAAUUUUAAAAUAAAUACUAAUUUUUUUUGCGAUUUUAGGUCAAUUGAAAAUUACAAAGAAUGUGUAGGAUGAAUUAUUUUUUUUUUUUUUUUUUUUUUAGGAAAUAAUUAUGCUUUUCACAUCGAACAGAGAGGUAUAUAUAUAUAAUAUAUAAUGUCAAAAUGAACACGACGAUUGAAAAAAUUCUAUUAUAAUUAUUAUUAUUAAAAUAUCCAUAUUAGUCCUGGAAUCGGUAAUUUUUAAAUACUUUCGUGAUUUUUGCGAGAAACAAUUCUUUUUCAAUAUGGAAUCCAUAUUAUUAUUUCACACAAAGUCGUUGUUAAAUUUUGCACAAAUAAUUCUAUAUUUAUAAUUUAUUAUUAUUUAAUUAUAAUAGUAAAAUAAAUUUUUUUUAUUUAUUUUAAUGUGUUUGACUUUUUUUUAGUCAAGAGCUUUUUCAAAUAUAAGAUUUAAAAGUAUACAUAAUUUAAAAGACAUGGAUGAAUUUCACGUGGAAUCGACAAUAAAAUAGAAUCAUUACUGAAAAGUAAUAAUUUUUGUUUUCUUAUAAAAUUAUUAUCUACAAACAUUUAUGAGAAAUAAUUAUUUGUUCCAUAGGAAAAAUACUCGAUUAAAAAAAAGGUAGUUCUUUCUGUAUAAAAAAAAUUCGGCAGAAAUUACUAUACAUACUUAAUUAAAAUUUACGUAUUUCCCUCUGCAGAAUAUAUUUUAAUUGAUUUUAUACAGAAAGUUCUAUUUAAAUCGAAUUUUCGAAAGUUUCUCAACAUUCAUUAUUUUUUCACAAUUCUUUCUCUCAAUCACAUUACUUUUUUUUUGAGAUACAUCCAGGAAUUAUUUCUGUACAGCCUAAGUUAUAACAAAUUUUUUUUCAUUUUCUUUUUAAAUAAUUACGUUACUUUAUUAAGAAGGCGCUCUUUGUGUGUUAUAUUACUUUGUGAAUCUAAAGCAGCGUUUUUUUUCUAUACCGCUAUAAUAUAUUUUUGUAUUUUCAGUCUACAAAGGAUAGGCGAAAGAAUCGCGGCUUAAGAUGUCAUGCAGAAAAUAGAGAGAAAGACUAUAAAAAGUAGGUGAUUAUAUUUUCAUUUGAAUAAUUUUUCAAUUAUUAAUUUUUUUUUUUUGUGUUUCUAAGAUUAAUUUACCUAUUUAUAGAAAGGGGAGGGAAAAAAUUUUAAAAAUAGAAAAAAACGAAAUUUAAUAUAAUGGACAAUUUUGCCGAUCCUUCCGCCAGACUGUCCAUUUCUUUUUUUGCAAAAAUUUAAGAAGCAAGAAUUUUUUGAAAGAUAAAAUCUUGCUUUCUAUAUUCAUGAUCUUUCUCAUCUUUUCUCAUCUAAAAUGGCCUCUGAAUUUUUGCUUCUUUUUUUUUUGUUACAGUCUUUCUCAAUUUAAACUCGGUUGUCGAUUAUUGUCCCAUUCAACUUCGAGAUUUUGCCACUUUGUUUGCAGAACCGUUAACAUA